GAGAAAGAGCCCAAAAAUUCCAAUCCAAUAGAAUGAGUAGUAGUAAUUACAACGGCAGAAAGAAGAUGGAGAAGUCAGUUGAAGAAGAUGAAGUGGAUGAAUUGCUGAAAGCUGCACAAGAUGAUAUGCUUCUUAAACUCAGCCUCAAUUCCCACAUGACCCACUCUUCCUCUCAAUUUUCUAGCAUUGACCCUGAUCUUGAUUCACGCUUUCUAGCCCUGAAAAAACCCCAUCAAUCAAAAUCAAAUUCAAAAUCAAUAUCAAAAUCAAAGCUUGAUGAUACAGCAGGCACAACCCAGAAAAACCCAGAAAAGGUUUUGCAAAAUAUCGAUGAAAGUGAUGAUCUUUUUGCAAGAUUUGCUGCUCUCAAGAGUUCUCUUCCUUCGUAUAAUACUUCUGUUAGAGAUGGUCAAGUGCAGCAGCAGCAGCAGUUGAUGGAUGGUGAUGGUGCUGGAGAAGAAGAUGAAGUGGAGAAGGUAAUUAAGUGGGCUAUUGAUGCUGCUAGGCUUGACCCUUCUCCUCCCUCUAAUUCUAAUGAUGAUGCUGCUAGUGAUGCUGAUGAUGUUAGUGAUGAUGAGGAGGAUGAUGGUCAUGGUGUUGAUGCGGUGAAAAAGAGUAAAGGGAAAUGAUGAGUGGGUGUAGUAUGACUGUUUUUGUCAAUUGUCAUUCUCUGCAAACUGUAAGAGUUAGAGCUAAUUCAUAAAGAAUCAAAUUUUUGAGACUUUCUACUUAUUUCUAAAUUGUUGUUGUUUUGAAGCAUAAAUUAAAUACACAUUGCUGAAUAAUCUUCUGUA